GGGAAUUCUGUAAUAGUCGGCUUGAUGGGAUAUAAACCGAGGCUGGGAAGGCUUUGUAUAUGAAGAACUGUAAAGGGGAAAAUACUUCAUGGACUAAAUCAUAAAGAAGAAGAUUUGGAUCUUCCCAGAGCUUGGAACUCUUAAACACCCACCAUGGAUGACUUUGAACGCCGCAGAGAGCUCAGGAGGCAAAAGCGUGAGGAAAUGCGCCUGGAAGCAGAGAGGCUGUCCUACCAGAGGAACGAUGAUGAUGAUGAAGAAGCUGCCAGGGAACGGCGCCGGCGGGCUCGGCAGGAGAGGCUGAGGCAAAAGGAGGAAGGAGAUCUCUCAGGAGAAGCAACAGACAAAUCUGAGGUCAAUGCCCAGAACAGUGUGGCAGGAGAGGAAAGCAAGCGCUCCACAGAUGAUGAAGCUGCAUUGCUGGAGAGGCUGGCAAGGCGGGAGGAGAGGCGCCAGAAACGCCUGCAGGAGGCCCUGGAACGCCAGAAGGAAUUGGACCCCACGAUCACAGAUGGGAGCUUGUCAGUGCCCAGCAGGAGAGAAGUAAACAACGUGGAAGAGAAUGAGACCACGGGGAAAGAGGAAAAGGCUGAAACACGCCGAGGACGCUGUGAGAUUGAGGAGACAGAAACAGUUACCAAGUCGUACCAAAGGAACAACUGGAGGCAAGAUGGGGAAGAAGAGGGGAAAAAAGAAGAAAAAGACAAGGAGGAGGAGAAACCAAAGGAGGAAACCAUAGAGGAAAAUCAGGUAGAUGUGACAGCAGAAAAAUCCACUGAUAAAGAAGAGGGAGUAACUGUAAAUGCAGAGGAACACAAAGCAGAGAAUGAUACAAAUGCUGUGCCAGAAGGGACGCAAAGUGUAACUGAUGCUGUAGAUAAAGAGAAGCUCAGGGAUGAGGAAAAGGCUGAGGAAGAAAGGAAGGAAGCAGAAGAAAGGGAGAGGUUAAAAGCAGAGGAAGAAAAGAGGGCAGCUGAGGAAAAACAGAGAGCAGAGGAAGAAAAGAGGGCGGCUGAGGAGAGGGCUAAGGCAGAAGAGGAGAAGAGGGCAGCUGAGGAAAGAGAGAGGGCUAAAGCUGAAGAGGAGAGGAGGGCAGCUGAGGAAAGAGAGAGGGCUAAAGCUGAAGAGGAGAGGAGGGCAGCUGAGGAAAAACAGAAAGCAGAGGAGGAAAGGAGGGCAGCUGAGGAGAGGGCAAAGGCAGAAGAGGAAAAGAGGGCAGCUGAGGAAAAGGCUAAGCUAGAAGCAGAGAAAUUAAAGGAAAAACAAAAGAUGGAAGAACAGAAAAUAGAAGAUGAAAAACGUCAAGCAGCUGUCUCAAAAAAACAGGAUGACAAAGGUAAAGCCCCCAAAGAAGAAAUGAAAAGUGUCUGGGAUCGCAAGAAGGGCGUUCCUGAUCAGAAGGCGCAGAACGGGGAGCGUGAGCCCCCUGCCUCCAAACUGAAACGUACUGAGAAUGCUUUUGGGCGCUCCGGCGUGAAGGGCGCGGAGGAGGAGGCGAAGCCGGGCGUGGAGGCGCUGAAGAGGUUGGAGGAUCAGCGGCGCCGCCGGGGCGAGAGUGAGAGUGAGGAGCUGGAAAAGCUGAAGGAAAAGCAGCAGGAGGCAGCGGCAGAGCUGGACGAGCUGAAGAAAAGGCGGGAGGAGCGCCGGAAAAUCCUGGAGGAAGAGGAGCAGAAGAAGAAGCAGGAGGAGGCUGAGAGGAAAAUCAGAGAGGAGGAGGAAAAGAGGAGGAUGAAGGAAGAAAUCGAAAGAAGAAGGGCUGAAGCUGCUGAGAAACGCCAAAAGAUGCCAGAAGAGGGUGUGUCGGAAGACAAGAAGCCAUUUAAAUGUCUCAGUCCUAAAGGUUCAUCUCUCAAGAUAGAGGAGCGAACAGAAUUUUUGAACAAAUCUGCUCAAAAGAGUGGAAUGAAGCCCACCCAGACAACAGCAGUUGUCUCAAAGAUUGACAGUAGACUUGAGCAAUACACUAGUGCAAUUGGGGGCACAAAGGCUUCAAGACCUAAAGCUUCCGACCUGCACGUUCCGGCCGAGGGCGUCCGUAAUAUCAAGAGCAUGUGGGAGAAAGGGAAUGUUUUCUCAUCACCUUCUGGGACAGGAACACCAAAUAAGGAAACUGCUGGGCUGAAGGUUGGUGUCUCCAGUCGUAUCAACGAGUGGUUGACCAAGACCCCAGAGGGCAACAAAUCCCCUGCUCCAAAACCUUCUGAUUUAAGACCAGGAGAUGUGUCUGGCAAACGUAAUCUCUGGGAGAAGCAGUCAGUGGAGAAGCCAGGUGCUGCUUCUAAGGUAUCAGCUACAGGGAAAAAAUCAGAGACUAAUGGUUUGAGACAAUUUGAGAAAGAACCCUAGAAGGCCACUAAAGACGCUGGACCAAUCAGUUUGGGGGAAAAAAAAAAGGAAAAAGUGCUAAAUUGUUCUUUUUAUAUUUAUGUUUAUUUACCAAAAUGUCUUUUUUUUGCAUUAUCCCAGUUAAAACCAUGUAUAUUAGCACUGUAUUUAAUAAUCAGUCUAGACAUUCAUCAGAAUAGUACUGCCUUUGCACAAGAGCCUUUAUUCCUAAAGAAACCCAUGCUGUGAAAUAUAUAGACUCUCCUACUGAAAGUCAUAAAUAUGUAUCUGAACAGUGAUUUCAGCUGGCAUUAGAGGUCAACCCAAAACACAUGUAAAGUGAAGUUGCUUGGGAAAGGUGUGCAGUAAACCUAUAAAACCAGUGGUUACUUUUGUAAUACAGAAGUCUUUUUCUUUCUGCACUUUAGACUAAGGCAUGGAAGAAAUAUCUUUAGUUGACAAUGUAAUAUUUUCUGUAAGUUGCCCAUGUCAUGAGAAAUACUGCAUCAAUAACGUGUUUUAAUUUUUUUUUGUUUUAUACUUUUUUUUAAGUAUCAAUUUUUUCCAUUCUAGUUUAAGUUAAUACCUAAAUUUGGAUGAUUAUGUUAGCUGACAGCGGUACUGAUAUUUCUUUUUGUUGUUAGUGACUAGUAAUUGAAUGCAAUCUAGAAUAUAUAUACACACAUAGCUUUACAAAGUUUAGCCUAAAGGCACUACUAAUGGUAGAAUGCUUUAAUAUGUGCUAGAGUAUUAUAUUUAGCAAUAAACAUACAUAAUUAGCCAAUAUCACAGCUUAAAAAAAAUAAAGACAAAAUCACACACUUUUCUAAUAGUAAGAUUUCAUAAUUGUCAUUAGAGGUAUGGUGAGAUAAGUAUUAAAAAAAUUUAAAUGUCAGUUGCCCAGUAAUGGGUAAUUAAAAAGAAAGUAUAGUUUUUAAAAGAGGAAAAGGUAAGGGUAUAGAGGGUCAAAAAUAGGUCACUUGUAUAAAACAUUGUAGUUUAAUUUAUAUAAAACUACCAUAAUUAAAAAGAAAAAAAUGUAAACAGAGUUGGAGCUUGUUUCAAAUGACUGUACACUAAAUUGUGCCAUCCAUCAGUGCCCUACACCAGGUCCAGAGAAAAUGAAGUAAACCUCUAUCUUUGUGACGCUUCUUUUUACCUCUCUCCCCUGAAUAUCUUAUUUACAGAUGUUUUCAUUUGUAUAUAGCAAACACAUGGCUUUAGGACGUCAGCUUGGUUUGGAUUUACAUGCCCUACAGUUUAGCAUUUACAUCCUACAGUGUACGGGUGGCAUAAACUGAGCAACUCAAGCAGCCCCUGAGCAUGUUGUUAAGAGCUUUGUUGUGCACCAGAACCCCCAGGACCUCCCUCAUCACCACUUCCAUGUCUUACAGCAUCUGGCUUCUUCCUCAAGAAGUGUAAAUUUCUAUUUCAACCCAAAGCUGGGCUCCCCUGCUUGGCUGAAACAUCUUGUUUACAUCUAGGGAUGCACAAAGUUAUCUGUAGGGGGUGAAACUGUGCCUGACAUUGUCUGUGGGUUGUCGUGGUUUUUGUUUGGGGGUUUUGUAAACACUCCUCUGAGUCUUUCAAAUACAUCUGAUAGCUGCAAUAAAAACCAUUUGUUCAAACAA